AUGAUAACAAAAAAAACACCGCUCCACCCUAGACAAUUUGCCUACCAAGCAGGCAAAUCUACAAUAAGUGCACUGCACUGCCUCGUAAGAGACAUAGAAAAGUCAAACGACUGCAAAGAAAUUGCUCUUACUGCAUUCAUUGACAUAGAGGGAGCAUUCGACAAUACCUCACACCUGUCCAUAACAAAAGCCUUGCAAGACUGGGGGGUGGAGGCCCCCAUCGUAAAGUGGACAGGAUCAAUGCUCAAGCACCGCUCCAUCACAGCAGAAAUAAAUGGAGCGACAGCAACAGUAACCACAGUAAAAGGAUGUCCCCAAGGAGGGGUUCUGUCACCUCUACUGUGGACAUUAGUAGUAAACAAAAUUCUUAACAUAUUAAGUAGAUCCGGAUUCACAGUUCUAGGCUACGCAGAUGACCUGGUAGUAAUAGUUAGGGGCAAGCACGAGGGCGUAGUAUCGAAUCGAAUGCAAAGUGCCCUAAAUACUAUACAAAACUGGGGCGAAACUGAAGGAUUUUCUUUAAAUCCUAGAAAAACAAUUUUAGUGCCGUUUACCAGAAGAAGGAAGCUAGAACUCAGAGCACCUAUAUUAAACGGAACUCAGCUAACAUUUUCUAACGAGGUGAAAUACCUGGGGGUUACCUUGGACCACAAACUAACUUGGAACAAUCAUCUAGACAAGACCAUUUCCAAAGCCAUAGUGGCAAUCUGGACAUGCCGCAAACUCGUUGGCAAGACAUGGGGGCUAAAACCGAAAAUGGUAUACUGGAUCUACCAAACAGUCAUUAAGCCCAUCAUCACAUACGCUUCGCUGGUAUGGUGGCCGAAGACCAAACAAACAACCGCACAGACCAAAUUAAACAAAGUCCAAAGGCUGAUAUGUCUAGGAAUAACCGGGGCAAUGUCUACUUGCCCUACCACAGCCUUAGAGACACUGCUAAACAUGCCUCCACUUCACAUAAGCGUGAAAAAAGAGGCAAUUAACAGUGCUCACAGGCUUUUCCAAACCGGCAAAUUCAAGCCUGGGGAUUUAAGUGGUCACCUGCGCAUCCUCGAAGAAAUUAAACUGGAAAAUGCCAGCAAACCACGUGACCACAUAACGGCCAUGCUGGAUCUAGAAAUUCCAUUCGAAGUGAUCAUAGAUGAUCGCCAAUCAUGGGAGAAAAAAGAAGUACCAAAAGCCGACAAUGCAUCGCUAUGGUACACAGACGGUUCCAAACUAACAGAAGGAGCAGGACUGGGCGUGUCAGGCCCUAACAUUAAGAUCUCAAAGUCACUGGGCAAAUACCCUAACAUCUUUCAAGCUGAAGUGCUUGCCAUAGACAUAUGCGCAGAAGAGUGCAUCAACCAAGGCCUCCAAAGAAAACACAUAUUUAUACUAUCAGAUAGCCAAGCUGCUCUAAAGGCCCUGAAAGCUCUUAAAUGUGAUUCAAAGCUAGUCUGGGAGUGCAAACAAACCCUAAAGCGCCUUACAACAAAGAAUCAAAGGGGAACGAAGAAGCCGAUCGCCUUGCAAGAAAGACCUAAACAGGUGGGAAAAAGAACAAUUGCUGUCGCACUGGAGAAGAGCACCAGGACUAAGACAGGCAAAAAGUUUAUAACCACUUCUAGAAAAAGAGCUGAACAGCUCCUAGACAUGAACAGAUUAGACAUCAGAACAGCAGUCGGACUCCUAACCGGUCAUUGCCCAGUGAAAUAUCACCUAAAGGCAAUAGGUAUAACAGAGGACGACCAAUGUAGAUUCUGCAGCACUGCCACAGAAACAGCAGAACACCUGCUCUGUGAAUGCCCGACCCAACUCUGCAAGAGGCUCAAGUACCUGGAAGGGAGUGCCCUAAUGCAUACCACAUUCUACUGCGAUAUGGCUGUACAUGAAGGUUCAAAAAUUGUUAAGACCUGCAAAGAACUUAAGUCUAAAUUUGCCAUAAAUUCGGAAGAAUAUCUACAGUUGGAGUAUAUCGCUGACUACCAAAACAAAAUUGGACCUGAAUUUUUGGCUGGCAAUUGCUUGGAAGUAAAUAGAGCUUCGAUUUACUGUAUGUCAAGAAAGAAGUUGACUAGGGCAGAGCUUCAAGAUCUUGCUGACAAUUUAGAAAAGUUGUCAUCCGGAGAAGAGGUGCAAUCCCCAUAUGAAGACUCUUCCUCAGAAGAAGACCCAUUCCAUAAUAGUGAAGAGUCCGACGAGUUGUAUCAGCCCUUGGAUACUUCUUACGAAGAUAGUGGAGACAUUGAAAGUGAUGCAAACGAGAACCUAACCCAAACCAAUGACGGCGUUAUUUCUGCUGAAAAUUCAGACCAAGAGACUGAAACUCCUGUUACAACUGGUAAUAUAAUUUGGCCAUUACCUACAAAUAUACCUAUGUCCCAAGACUUAGCAUUCUAA